AGAAACCGAUUUUUUACGCAAACACGUGGCAGAAACACGUGGCAGCUGUACCGUUGGUGGAAGCGCAAGAGGACGGGAUGGCAGAAAAAGCUCAGGCUCCGGUGGACACGAAAUCGGGGAAAACUCUCACGGUCGCUGAUUUUCGCAGCAAACUGUUUGCUGCCCUUGAUCAGACCAAGGGGCGGGACUUAGCCGUUGGCAAUGUCGGCCCUAGUAGUUCUGCUGUUCGCAAGGUGACGGUGGUGGGGGUGGGCAACGUUGGCAUGGCGUGUGCUCAGACCAUGCUGACGGAAGGCGUGUGCGACGAACUGGCCCUGGUUGAUGUGAUACCCGACAAGCUGAAAGGUGAGAUGCUAGAUCUUCAACAUGCAGCUGCCUUCUUGCCACGUGUCAAGAUCGUUGCUGACUCAGACUACGCCAUCUCUGCCAACUCCGAUCUUUGUGUGAUCACUGCUGGAGCUCGUCAGCGAGAAGGCGAGUCUCGCCUCUCCCUCGUUGGCCGCAACGUGCAGCUCUUCAAGGCCAUCAUUCCUAAAUUGGUCAACGCCAGUCCCAAUGCCGUCCUCCUGGUGGUGAGUAACCCAGUGGAUAUCUUGACGUACGUGGCGUGGAAGAUCUCCGGCUUCCCAGCGCAUCGAGUGAUUGGCAGCGGGACGAACUUAGAUUCGUCCAGGUUCCGUUUCUUGUUGGGUCAGAUCCUAGACAUCAAUGCACACAAUGUGCAUGCAUACAUCGUAGGGGAGCAUGGGGACAAUAGUGUGCCCCUGUGGUCCAGUGCCAUGAUUGCUGGAGUGCCACUUGUCAAGUACCUCAAGGACCAGAGUCUCGAUACCAGCGCAGUGGAAGAGAUCCUGGAGAAUGUACAUCGGCAGGUGGUGCAGUCUGCGUAUGAGAUCAUAAAGCUGAAAGGAUAUACCUCUUGGGCAAUUGGCUACUCGGUGUCAGGUUUGGUGAAGAGCAUCCUUAGAAACCAGCACCGAAUACAUCCAGUUUCGGUGCUUUGCAAGGGCCUGCAUGGAAUCAAGGAGGAGGUGUUUCUUAGUCUCCCUGCCAAGCUGGGACUUGGAGGGGUUAUGGGAGUAGUGCAGCAAACACUGGAGCCAAAAGAAAAGGAGAAGUUCAUACAGGCUGUCAAGACAAUGCAAGAUAUUCAGAAGCACCUGGAUCUCAAAGUUUAAACCACCAGUCCUUGGCCCAGCUGUCGGCCGCGGAAAAGAAUAAGACUAGAAAUGUUUCUAGUCGGAUGAAUUUGGGCGCUCCUGUAGUGUUGGCCCGUACGUUUCCUUAAAAAAUUGUGGCUUGUAUACGGGCACGACUUUAGGAAUUCAAAAGUGCUGGCGUGGUCUAUACCACCAGACUGAGUACUUCCAGAGCCUCUUUUUCCCGAUGCCAAUUUCUGCCAUGGGUGGAGUUCCGUUAAAAGUUAAACCAGUUCAGGUGCGAACAGUUUGGCAUGCAGGGGCCCAAAAGACAGCGCGCGCUAAACCACCAGUACAUCCGAAAAAGCAGAUUGAUCCUCUCCUAAAAAUCCGGAGUCCAUGGACCGUCGAUAAAAUGAAUAGGCGGUUGAUGGCCUCCUGUUGUUUUUUUAGGAGAGGCUCAAAUCUGCUUUUUCGGAUGUGCUGGUUGUUUGACGGUCGCACGGCAACAAAUAAAAUAACUGUGAAAUGGACUUCUGGUGGCGUAAGAGGUACGGGUGGGAAAGCAAGCAGCACUUUUAAGUUUAACUCUUUAUUUGGAGUGACAGUGAGAAAGCGCAUUGAACAGAGGGCAGUACAGGUAAGUGGAUAGUCAUGCCGGCGGGUGCGGAGGAGGGACGUCAUCGUGCUUUUCUUCCAUUUGCAGCUCUACUGGUACCGCUUGCGAUGCACUGAAAAGUCAUACCACAAUGAAGCAGGGUGAAUGUCCGAAGCUGGUCCUCCACAGACUGCGGGACAGUUGAACUCCAUCUGCUUCAGCUUCAGCUUCAGCUACGCCAACGGCGACUCAUCGGCAGCCCAACAUCUUUCCAUACUGUUUUGAGCUUCAGCUGCUAACAAUCUGUUUUUUCAACUUUUUUGCAAUCUGAAACGUCAUUGGCAAGUUGCCAUUGUGGGCAUGGUAAGAACAUCGUAAAGACUGUAACCUUGUGGCUUGUGGUGGUGGUUUAUGGCUCUCCGAUGAGUCUGCUGAUCUAUAUAGGGGGGGGGGGUGGAGGAGAAGCACCACCUCCUGCAAAUGAGGUCCGUUGGCCUCGAUUUAUACGUGUCAUCCUUGAGCAGGGGCCAUGCUAAUCUUAAUCUUCUCUGUAUCGUUCCGAUUUCAAUGAUCGUCCCGAAGGACAGGUCCAUUGUCGUGGAUCUGGAUGCCACGCCAAUUUUUUUGCAUGCCAGAUGAAGAAGAGCGCAGACUCUCUCUGAGGAUAUCAGUCGCGGUAUCCCUUUUUCAACAAAAUGAUGCGGAUAAG